AGCAUCACCAGACUGAGUUUUAAAGAACACAGUUUUUUCAAUCAAGUAACUAACCAGUUUUGAAAGAACUUUUCAAUAGAGGUCUGUUAAAAGUACGAAAAGUAGUUAGCGUAUUUGUAUUAUCAUGCAAAUUAACUAGCUCUGAUUUGAUAAAGUAAAAAUUGAAAAGUGCUCGCGUUUACUUUACUUUUCUCUAUCAACGAUGUAAUAAUUUUUAAAUGUAAACGUGUCAUUUUAGCUUCUUAAAGAAAAAACAUAGAAUAAAUUGUUUUUAUUCGAGAUAUUAAAAAGCGUACUAAACAGUUUUCGUUUCACGGGUUAAUAUCAAGCUGACAUUUGAUUUCAUUUUAUCUCACAUCUGCACAUCUCGAAGUUGCCAACAAAAAACAAAACGACCAUCGACUGCAGCUUCAAUUGCAUCAUCCACUGUUCCUUACAUAGAACUCCAGUCUGUCGUUUUCUGCGAGAAACAUCCCGAAGAAACCGUUCGCUAUUUUUGCAAUAUCUGCAAAAUAGCGAUAUGCGAGCUAUGUUGGAAGCAGAAUCAUAUGGAUUGGAAGAAGCAUAACGUAAGUUUUCUCACUGUGAAUUUGGAGCCCCAGAAGUUAACCAUGCAGCGACUGACAGAAUAUAAAGACGAAAUUGAAAAAACAUCUCAAGUUCUGGCUUCCAACGACUGGAAAACAAUAGUGAAACAGAUAACAACAGCUGAAAACGAACAAAAGAGCGUUUUAAAGUCAAAUUCCGCUAAGCAGCUUGAAGACAAGUCUGCAGCCGUAAGAAAACAGCUUUUGGAUCACAAGCAAUCCCUGCAAGCUUUCAAAGCAAAAAUAACGGAUCAGUUCCGCGAAUUAGAACAAAAAUAUGCCAUAAUUUUUGGAGAAUUCAUUCUGACUAGAGAUAACACGGUUUCCUGCUCCAGAUCGCAAACUGCGUUUGCAGAAGGCGGUUACUCAUCACUUGAUGCAGAAAAUUUUGCGAGUGGGGUUGACAGACUUGUUCUGAGUGCAGGAACUUCAAAUCAGGAAGUUUCUACUAGUUUUGAUGAUUCACAGGGUGAAGCAGAGAGGAUAAAUCAGAAAGAGAAAAAACCUGGAGAGGAGGCAAGGAUGAGAGAGUUGAUCGGAGUAGAGAAAAUUGCAGAUGCAAGCGGAACAGUUAUUGACGCUCUUAGGGUAGUUUAUAACUCAGAUACGGAGGAGAUAAUAACAGAUUAUGCAGAAUCAUUCCGUGUGUUUCAACAUAACGAAAACAGUAAUCAGAUAGAACUGAAAAGAGAGAUGGAGUGGAAGCAAAUGCGAGAUGAUACAAUUUCUGUGAUUGAUAUUGCCACAGACAUCGACAAUAAUCUUUAUGUGUCAUUAUAUAGAACAAGCGAUCGGAAAUGGAGUGUUGAGAUUGUGAAUCAGAAUAAUCUAAAGAUGAUAAAAGAACUAGACACAGCCCAACUUCUCAAUGGAUAUUCUUCAGUGGAUUGGUCUUUGUGUACAUAUGAAAAGAUCUUAAUAGUGGCAGUGUUCGAUAGGAGAAAUAAGAAGCAGGAGAAAUGGUGCAGUAUUACAGUCUACUUCGAUCAAAUCAGACAGUACACGGUACCACUUGAUAUAAAGACAGUCGGAAGCAGGGUUUGGAGGUGUAGUAAUCUUUUUGUGAAUGAUACCACGUUGAUACUCAACUGUGGCGCGGAUUCAAACAAACUAGCAGUGAUAUCUCUACCAUCACAUCACAAGGAAGAUAUGAAAAGAAACACAUCGUCAAAUACAACAACACGAGAAAUACAACCUCGUUCUAUUAAAUAUGUGAGGCUCUCUGGUUUGAGUGACAUUUACUCCUUGGUUUGGAUACCCUCAUCAGUGUUUGGUUUCUCAAAUGGUCUAAACGGGUAUCUAUUUGUGACGGAUUAUUCUAUGAAUGCUACUUUCUUCAGAAUUGACUUUGAAAAAGAGUUGGACCAGCUGGAAAAUGAAGGAGAGACUGAAUUGAAGAAAAUGGAGGAAAUUCCACCUCUGAAAAAUACAAUUGUUUAUUCCAGAAUAGACAACUCAUCUGUGUUUGCGCUCUCUGAAACUACUUAUCCCUAUAAGGGUAACCCAAGUAUUUUGAAACUUGAGUUCGAACCAAGAUUCACAUUGCCAUAAAUUCCUCAAUUUAAAACAAUGCAGUGAAUUAUUUCAGACUCUCCAUUGCAUCUUACAUUUUUCAACAGUAUUUUUUUUUUUUCAUUUCAGCACUAAACAGGUGUGAUAGAAAAAAAGUUCCAUCAAACUAGGAGUAUAAAAUUAUUAUUUUAAUUUUGAUUCAUUAACCAGCGAACGUUAGUAACUGUAAAUAUUUUAACUUG